AUGACUUUGGCUUUUUCUGCUGCUGCUGCUGCUGCUGCUGCUGCUGCUGCUGCUGCUGCUGCUGCUGCUGCUGCUGCUGCUGCUGCUGCUGCUGCUGCUGCUGCUGCUGCUGCUGCUGCUGCUGCUGCUGCUUUCAUCUUUGACUAUGGAUUCCUGCACAAGUUCUUUACUAACACUAAACCCCAACCCCGGAAAAACACGGGAAUGGAAACUCCCAGCUCGAAAUCUAGCGGUAUAGGCUAG